CAGGACAAUUUGAUUGAUAUUCUUCAUCGGUUUCGACGUUAUCGAAUAGCUAUAACAGCCGAUGUCAAGAAGAUGUUUCGACAGGUUGAGAUCAAUCCCUUGCAUCGUAAAUGGCAACGCAUCUUGUGGCGGGAAUCUCCAGUCGAACCACUACGUAGCUUCGAGUUAGCUACAGUAACGUAUGGAAUGACAAGCAGUCCAUACAAUGCGAUUCGCUCCUUACGCCAAUGUGCUGUAGAUAACUACAGCAUUGUGGAGGACGAAAACCGGGCUUCUACGGCAAGGAACAGUAUCCUUGAUGGAUUUUACGUCGACGACUAUUUGGAAAGUUCUGACUCUCUGGUGGAAGCUGUUAGUUGUGCUCAUGAUGUCGAUGCGAUCCUUCGUCAAGGUCAGUUCAUUCUUGGCAAAUGGAAUUCGAACUGCGCCAAAGCACUUCAUGCUAUCACCGAUCCAGAGAAAUCUGAAGCAGAAAUUGAAUUAUGCGAUUCCAACGCCACUGUGUUAGGCUUACAUUGGAAUCCGUUGAGCGAUGAGCUCUUUUUUAAGGUGACAAUUGAAGACUCACAUACACUACCAACAAAGCGUAGUAUCUUAAGUGACGUUGCAAGGCUGUAUGACCCGAUUGGUAUACUAGCGCCAGCUGUAGUUCUGGCCAAAAUGUUCAUUCAAACCCUGUGGAGGAAGGAUCUUAACUGGGACACUCCAUUACCUAUAGAAUUACAAGACCAGUGGCUCGAAUUUCGAAAUGGUCUUCAUGAACUAGCGCGAGUCCGUGUACCGCGUUGGUUAAGCAUGUCACCUCAUGCAUUUUGUACACUCCAUGGAUUCUGUGACGCUAGCUCGAAGGCGUAUGCUGCGGUUAUCUACGUAAAUAGUGCCGCACAAGGAGAUUUGUCUAAUAUGGCACUUGUUACUGCGAAAACCAAGGUGGCACCUGUGAAACAGAUUACUAUACCACGCUUGGAACUUUGUGCUGCCCACCUGCUGGUAGUCACUCUACGUCAUGUGCAAAAGGCGCUCCAUUUAGACAACGUCCCUUACACACUCUGGAGUGACUCAACUAUAGUUUUGCAUUGGAUUCAUAAACAACCGUCAGUAUUGAAACAGUUCGUGGGUAAUCGAGUUGCUUACAUCCAGGCCCACACUAAGGUAGAAUGUUGGCGACACGUUCGCUCCGAGUACAAUCCGGCCGAUUGUGCGAGUCGAGGAAUUAUGCCAGCACGCCUUCUGAAUCAUCCGCUAUGGUGGACAGGUCCACCUCCUCGUUAUAUAUGCAUCGAUAACGAUCCAGUUGUACCAGAACUAACGGAGGAGCAACUCCAGGCACAGGCUCUGGAAUGUCAACCUUUUCGUACUCUUAUAACCACUCGCCAGGAUCAUCACCAAUGUCUCAUGACUUCUGCGUGUGGCCACCGAAUUCCUCUCGUUGAGAAAUUUAGCAUACUUAGUCGUGUCCUUAAUACAACAGCGCGACUAAGACGUUUCCUGCCAUGUUACAAGGGUCAGAGGUCGAAUAUUGUGACAGCAGAGGAAUACGAAUGGGCUCUGCUUCUAACUGUUAAACAAGCUCAAGGUAAGGCAUAUAGACGAGAAAUUAAUGCUCUCAAAUCGAAUUCCAGGCUAGACAGUCGAAAUCAUCUGUUAGCCCUAAACCCAUAUGUGGAUCCUGAAGGCAUUUUGCGAGUAGGCGGGCGUCUCCGAAAUGCUGCGAUAUCUAACGAACAACGACAUCCAAUGAUUAUUCCCAAGGGAUCAUUUGCUAACUUAUUAAUUGCUGAUUCCCAUAGACGGUGUCUUCAUGGUGGCAUCCAGCAAAUGUUACAGUACCUGCGACGACGGUUUUGGAUAAUUCACGCGCGCUCGCAAGUAAAAGCAUACAUAUGGAAAUGUACCGUGUGUCGGAGACAUCAGCGAAUUCUCCAGAAUCAACAAAUGGCUUCGUUACCCCGCGAACGGGUAUUUGCGGCUCCAGUUUUUUCAAAUAGCGGCCUAGACUAUUGUGGUCCGUUCCAUGUACGCAUUGGUAGUAGAAGAUCGACUACAACACUUAAGACAUAUGCAGCUAUAUUCAUCUGUAUGGCCUCACGAGCAGUCCAUAUAGAACUUGCUGAGGAUUUGAGUACGAGAUCCUUCAUAGACGUUUACGACCGAUUUAUCAGUCGCCGAGGUAUUUGUGCCAAGCUCUUCAGCGACAAUGGCACCCAGUUUGUAGGCGCUGAUAGACAAAUGCGUGAAGAUGUGAAGGAAUGGGUAUCCUCAUACGCGCAACAGCACGUUGCUCAUGUUGGUACUCAAUGGAAGUUCAUUACUCCCGCUGCGCCACACCAUGGCGGUAUCUGGGAAGCAGCGGUCCGCUCAGCCAAGAAGCAUUUACUUCGUAUUAUGGGCCAACAGUCACUGCGAUAUCAUGAGUUAUUGACCCUACUGACGAGGAUUGAAGCUUGUCUUAAUUCACGACCAAUUAUUGCUUUACAUGAUGACCCCGAAGGAGGACUAGCCUUAACGCCAGGUGAUUUCAUAAUUGGCCGACCAAUCAAUUGCCGUCCUGAGCCACCGCUACCAGAUAUACCGCACAACCGCCUCCAUUAUUGGCAGCGCUUGCAAGGGAUGUUCGAACAUUUUUGGAAACGCUGGCAAAAUGAAUACCUGAAUUCGCUUCAGGCCCGUAGCAAAUGGAUGAGACCUGAACCAAACCUCCAAAUAGGAGAUGUCGUAAUUAUUCGGAAUGAGAAUUUGCCACCUGCUUGCUGGCGCAUGGGUCGUAUCACGGACACCCAUCCUGGUAGCGAUGGUCUGGUCCGCGUCAUCACGAUAGAAUAUAAUGGAGAUCGGUUGACGGACGAAGGCAUGUACGUCAAACGCCACUGUCAACGUCCUGUGCAAAAGGUGGUAAGACUCACCGGAAUGCACGAAGAAAUUCUGAACCGCGAGGGUUCAGCCGGGGAGGAUGUUCAAGAUUGAGAUAUUGUAUAGGGUAUAAUUCCCCACCUAAGUUUGCAUACGCUACGCCUAUGGGACAAAUAUCGCCUGAUUGUAGCGUUAUUUCUUCUUUCCUUUGUUAUUUUCAUUCAGCUAUUGACAUAUAGGCAUACAUAUGUACAUACAUAUGCUAGCGACGCUGAAUGCUGCCUACUGUACAUAUGCACAUCGCUAGCGUAUGCUCUAUUCCCGAAAUCAUAAUUAGUUUACAUACAUAUAUACAUAUUAAGUAUAAGCGCAUCUAUUCGCACCUACAUAAAUUGCAUUACCUAUUG